CCUUCAUUUAAAACAGCCCUCAGCCCUCCCUCCAUCCCACCAUUCAUCCAUCAUGGCAGAACCGUCUCCUGGCUGGUGGAAGCUGACUUUCCUGAGGAGAAAGAAAUCCCAGCCCAAAGUUCUGUAUGAAAUCCCCGCAGAGUUUGUUUCCAACACCACCACUGGCCAACAUGGGCCCGGCACAGAGACUGGAGCCGCCGGCCACCCCGAGGACACGGUGCACAACUCUCAGCUGGACGCCCGACUGGAGAGGAUUAUGGAUAAAACAACGGCCAGCAAGGGCCGCCACGUCAAGGUGUCUCACUCUGGGAGGUUUAAGGAGAAGAAGAAAGUUCGAGCCACUCUAGCGGAGAACCCAGAGAUAUUUCCAGGUGGAGACCCCACGACAGAUGAGAACCAGAGGGCCGGGAAGUGA